AUGAGAGUACGUCUCGUGAAUUGGUUGAAAAAUGCGAAACAAAAUAAGUGGCCAUCUCAUAAUCUCGCCGAAAACACGAUGAAUCAUAGCAAGCAACACGAAAAUAGAUCGUCAUCUUUCCAAAGUUUCCAAUCUUCGUUAGAUUAUACGAUACCUCAACCUCGUCCAUCCUACGCAUCAUAUAGUCGUCGAUCAUUAUCAACAAAAAAAGAGAAUGAUAAUCCGUACGAGAUCAGGACGUACCUCCCAGAUCUUUUGAGAUCGUUUGGGAAGUUUGAACAUGGUUUAAAAGAUGUGCUGGAUAAUAACAAGAGGUGGGCCGACAAUAGUCAAUUAAAGGAAAUGAAAUUUUUCGACAAAUUGGAGAAUGAACCAAAGUUGUAUUGGAUUGGUUGUUCGGAUUCAAGAGUGCCGCCAGAAAUAAUUUCCCAAUUGGGUUUUGGACAGCUAUUUGUGCACCGUAAUAUUGCGAAUCAAUUUGACACCAAUGACACGAAUAGCAUGUCGGUACUAGAAUUUACCGUGAAUCAUCUUAAGGUCGAACACAUCGUGGUCUGCGGUCACACAAAGUGUGCGGGAGUCAAAAACGCUUGUAAUAAUCAUCUCGAAAAGAACUUGAUCGCCUGGCUGUCGGACAUCCGUAAGAUCAAAGAUGUACAUCCCGAACUAUUUCCCGAUCAGGAAACCAUGUCGCACAUGAGCAAUGAUGAGUUAGACCGAAUUCACAAGACCUUGGUUGGAGUUAACGUGAAGAACCAGGUGAAAAAGAUUUCAGAAAGUGAGGUGGUCAAAAAGGCGUGGGAGGACGAGGAGAGGAAAUUGGCGAUUCAUGGAUGGGUGUUUAACAUGGAAAAUGGUCAUUUGGAGGACCUGGGCGUUACCGUCGGAAGACAGUGA